AUGCCUCCACGGAUACACCUCCAACCCCAGCAGCUACGGCCAUCUUCAUCAACACAAUACGUCUGCCGACAAUGCAGAAAUGCAUCAGUAGCAUCGGCGACCACACCAGCACCUCCCAUCGAGCAGACAAUCCAUGCCGCUGCACCAAUCGCGAGAUAUCCUCCAACCCAGCCGCCAUCGUACAAAUCUCCUGAGUUCCGCAAAACACAACUUCACCGACAGUACCAGUCAUUGCUGCGGUCAACGCAACUAAUGCUCGUCUUCCAACACAACAACUUGAAGUCUACAGAGUGGAUGGGCAUCAGGAGAGAAUUGGCUACGGCGCUGAGGAAGGUUGAUGAAGAGCUCGCGAAGAAUGGCGAUCAGGACUCUUUGAGCAGUGAUGUGAAGCUACAAGUGGUACAGACGGGCAUAUUUGUAUCGGCCUUGAAGGUCGUGGAGUUUUGGGAUCCCAAGUUCGAGCCGAAAAUACCUGAGCAGGACCCAACCGACCCCAAGACUGCCAGCUCGGCGGUCAUCCCAAACACGAAGCCCAGCAAACACGAUAAGAUGAUUCAGCAUGGGCUGUCGAAGAAGGCACACGCGAUAGCUGUGCACAGGGCCAAAUACAUGAGGCAUGGCUUGGAGCCUCUCCUUUCAGGACCCCUUGCACUUUUGACACUACCCACCGUAUCACCGCAGCACCUCAAGGCAGCCUUGUCCAUUCUUUCUCCAUCAAAAGACUUCCCAGCACCGAAGCGGAAAACGAACCCUGGCUAUCACGAGCCUGCGGUCCAGAACGGAAUUCAGAAGUUGAUGUUGCUUGGUGCUAGGGUUGAGGGCAAGGCUUUCGAUAUGGAGGGAGCCAAAUGGGUCGGAAGUAUUGAAGGCGGCUUGGACGGUCUACGCGGGCAGAUGGUGGCCAUGCUCCAGAGUGUGGGAGCUGGCAUUACCAACACGCUGGAGGCUGCCUCGAAGAGUCUGUACUUGACGGUGGAGGGGAGGCGAACGAUGCUGGAGGAUGAGGAGAAGGGAAUUCCAGAGGAGAAGGGAGAGUCAGAAACGAAGACCGAGGGCUCUUGA